UUACGCUACACAGAAUAAGGCGUUGUGUAGCAGAAAUGUAUUUUUAAGUCACCACUACAACCCGAUACAGGCUAGUACAGAAAGCUAAUAUUUAAAAGAAUGUACCCGGGAUAAUCGACAUGACUUCGGCAACUUCAGAAUUUUUCAAUUGCCAAAUUCCACUCGCGUUUAUUUUAUUUACCACUUAAUACGCAGAAAAGGUUUCAGAACUUUGUGUUUCCGGGUGAAAUCUCGACCACUAACUUCAUUUCAUGUUGGGGUAUGAAGAUAGGGGAAGCGAAGCCGGCUGGCCACUGGACGAUGCAUGAACAGUAGGCUACUGAAGGAGCCGUGAGAGGAAACGGGAGGGAUAGAUGAAGAAAAAAAACAACAGCAGCUGAGUUGUGCGUGGUUUACCUUCGGAAAAACAGGAAGCCAACAUCGAUCUGCCCACCUGCGCCGCAUUGUCUUGCGGGGAGAAGACAGCGGGCUUUCACUGCUCUCCUUGCCACGUAAAUGCUUGUUUUUGCUAAUCUGUCUCGUGGAUUCAACCUAGAGAACAAAACAACUAUUACAACAUUUGUAUGGUCGACACUUUCCUGUUCCAAACAACAGGAGUAAAUCAAGAUGCAGUGUUCCUCCACCUCCCCAGACACUCGCAGCAUGAAGCAGAGACACAGGAAAUAAAGAUCCUCCAAGAGAGACAGCAAGUCCUUAUGGUUGAGCUGGGCGUCGGUCCCUGCGAUGCCUCCCGCCAUGACGGACCUCAUGGACAUGUGGGCGGCCCACUCCCAGGUGUCUGGAGACAACCUGGUCUCUGUGGACUUCCUGCUGCCCACCGGCAUCUACAUUCAGAUGGAUGUUCCCAGAGAGGCUACCAUACAACACAUCAAACUGCUCCUAUGGAAGCAGGCCCAGACAUAUCCCCUGUUCCCCUCCCUGGGGGAGAUGGAAGGCCACAUGUUCGAGUGCGUGAAUCAGGCAGCGGUCCACGAAGAGCUGGAGGACGAGACGCGGCGGCUCUGUGAUGUCCGGCCCUUCUGGCCCAUGCUCAAACUGGUCACACGCAACUGUGGCCGCGCCGAACGCCUGCUCGACUCCAAGAUCGGCGUGCUCAUCGGGAAAGGUCUCCACGAGCUGGACGCUCUGCCAGACCAGGAGGUGAAGGACUUCCGCAGUAAGAUGUUCCGCAUCAGCGAGGAGAAGAUGCAGCGGGUACAGCUGAUGAACUGGAGUGAGUGGCUGCAGGCCUGCUUCUGCCCGCAGCUGGAGCCAGUGGUGGGAGCCGCCGCCGGAACGGAUGGCGUCAACGACAAGCAGGCCGAGACGAGCCUCAAAGUCACCAUACACUUCGACCAGUCCCAGGACACAGCCAGUCUGAAGGUAUGCCCCAGCACUACUCCCAGUGAACUAAUGGAACAGGCGUUAAGAAAAUGGCUGACCACACAUGGCCCUGAAGAGGAGGGACGUCAGGCCCAACAGUACAUUCUUAGGGUUAGCGACAAGCUGGAGUUCCUCUGUGGAGACCACCCCCUCAUCCAGUACAAGCAUAUCAAGGCAUGUCUCCAGUCUAAAGAGUGUCCACACUUGACUCUGGUCCAGAUCAGCUCUGUCAAAGACAUGUUUGAGAAGGAGAUCUCAGCCAUCGGAGCUGUGGUCAACCGCAAGAGCUCCAACCCUCCUUUACCCCUGCCCCCCAAGAGAAGAGGUCCCUCGCAGGUCAACACCUGUGUCUGGGAAGUGCCCCUCCCGUUCAAGAUCUUCCUGAUCAAAGGCAGCAAGGUGAACGCAGAGGAGACGGCCAAGGUCCAGGUCCGGGCGGGCUUGUUCCAUGGCACCGAGCUGCUGUGCAAGCCGGCGGUAAGCAGCGAGAGCAGCGGACGCUCGGAGCAUGUGUGGAACCGCAUGCUGGAGUUCGACAUCCAGGUGAGCGACCUGCCCCGCAUGGCCCGCCUCUGCUUUGCCGUCUACGCCAUCAUGGACAAGGUCAAGAAGCGGAAGUCCACCAACAACUCCCACAUCAACAAGUACCAGACCAUCCGCAAGGCCGGCAAAGUGCACUACCCCAUUGCCUGGGUGAACACCAUGGUGUUUGACUAUAAAGGACAGCUGAAGACUGGAGAUAUCACCCUGCACAGCUGGUCUUCCUUCCCUGAUGAACUUGAAGAGAUGCUGAACCCCAUAGGAACCAUCCAGACCAACCCGUACACAGAGAACGCUACAGCCCUCCACAUCCAAUUCCCCGACUACAUCGCUCACCCCAUUGUGUUCCCCCCCUUCGACAAGAUUUUGGAGAAAGCUGCAGAGAUCGCCAGGUCAAGCGACUGCUCGCCCAUGGGCCGAGGAGGUAAGAAGUUCCACAUUGAGCUGAAGGAGAUCAUGGAGAGGGACCCGCUGUCCCAGCUGUGCGAGAAUGAGAAGGACCUCAUCUGGACACUACGUUACGACUGCAUGGAGAACUUCCCCCAGUCCCUGCCCAAAUUGCUUCUCUCUGUCAAGUGGAGCAAACACGAGGAUAUGGCCCAGCUCCAGGCCUUGCUACAGAUCUGGCCCAAGCUGAGUCCUCGAGAUGCUCUGGAGCUGCUGGACUUUAACUAUCCAGACCAGUACGUCAGAGAGUAUGCCGUGGGCUGCCUGAAAGAUAUGAGUGACGAGGAGUUGUCUCAGUACCUACUCCAGCUGGUCCAGGUGUUGCGCUACGAACCCUACUACGACUGUGCCCUCACACGCUUCCUACUGGACAGAGGCCAGGGCAAUCGCAACAUAGGACAUUUCCUCUUCUGGCAUCUCCGGUCUGAGAUGCAUAUGCCAGCUGUCUCUGUCCAGUUCUCUCUCAUCUUGGAGGCCUACUGUCGCGGCAGCAUUCCUCACAUUGAGGUCCUAAAGAAGCAGGUGGAGGCUCUGAGCAAGCUGAAGUCGGUGAAUGAGCUGAUUAAACUGGGUACCAUAAAGAACGUCCGCAGUAAGACCAAGGAGGCCAUGCUCACGAAAGAGGCCAUGAUGACAUGUCUGAGGCAGAGUGGCUACACGGAGACCCUCUCCGACCUGCACUCCCCCCUCAACCCCAGCGUCCUGCUCUCUGGAAUCAAUGUGGAGAAGUGCCGGUACAUGGACUCUAAGAUGAAACCUCUGUGGAUUGUCUACAAUAACAAGCUGCUGGGAGGGGACACCCUGGGAAUCAUCUUCAAGAAUGGAGAUGACCUGAGACAAGACAUGUUGACGCUGCAGAUCUUGCGUUUGAUGGACCUUUUAUGGAAAGAGGCCAAUCUGGAUCUUAGAAUCGUGCCUUACGGCUGCCUAGCGACGGGGGACCGCUCAGGGCUGAUUGAGGUGGUGUCGUCGGCGGAUACCAUCGCCAACAUCCAGCUCACCAGCAGCAAUGUAGCGGCAGCCGCAGCCUUCAACAAGGAUGCCCUACUCAACUGGCUCAAAGAGAAGAACUCUGGCGACGCUCUGGAGAAGGCGAUCGAGGAGUUCACCCUGUCCUGUGCGGGCUACUGCGUGGCCACCUACGUCCUGGGUAUAGGUGACCGCCACAGUGACAACAUCAUGGUCCGCAGCACCGGACAGCUCUUUCACAUAGACUUCGGGCAUAUCUUGGGGAACUUCAAGUCCAAGUUUGGCAUCAAGAGAGAGCGUGUUCCCUUCAUUUUGACCCACGACUUCAUCCACGUCAUCCAGCAGGGGAAAACGGGCAACACUGAGAAGUUUGGAAGUUUCCGUAAUUACUGUGAGCAGGCCUACCUGAUUCUGAGGCGAAACGGGAACCUUUUCAUCACCCUGUUUGCCCUUAUGCUGACUGCUGGACUGCCUGAACUCACCUCAGUGAAGGAUAUACAGUACCUAAAGGACUCUCUGGCCCUGGGGAAGACCGACGACGAGGCACUGAAACAGUUCCGGCAGAAGUUUGAUGAGGCACUACGAGAGAGCUGGACCACCAAAGUCAACUGGAUGGCCCACAAUGUGGUCAAAGACAACCGCUCCUAGAGCAGACAGAUGCCGCGCCCUGGAACUGGAUGGUUAAGAGUUAAUGGCCAAGGGUCGAGCGGUUCUGAUUCUGCCUGUACAGGGAUGGGACUACGGUGAAAGAGGGGAGCCAAGGUGUUGCUAAGGGGUGAAGACCGGCCAGAACUGGGCCAGGGGUCUCAGAAGGGAAGCUGGAGUACCGUCACAAACACACACACACCCAACAUGCUCUUACAGGCUUGCAUUCCCCCCUCGCUUUGCCUUUGGGCUCUUAAAGCUGCUGUGUGCCUCCAGACAGUCUAGCUGACUCUUCCUGGUUAUCUGACAAAUCUUUGGAUUUGUGGGCAAUAUGGUUGCAAGUUUUGCACAUGCUCAGUGGGAGUAUGAGCUCAGCCCCAAGGAAUGGUUUUUACAUCCCCACUGUUUGAGAAUGGACUUUCCCCUUGAAACCAGGACUGGACUGAAUCAAUGGGGAAGGGAACGGGGGCAAUUACCCACCUAUCAUCAGGACUUCUGAUCUGCCUUGUGUUGGACUUGAAGGGAGGGGUCUGGGUUGGACACACCCACUCCAUUGCCCACAGCAGACAGUAGAAUUUGUAAAGAGUGGGUGUAUAGAAAAAGGACAAGAUGUCUCACCCCAAUGUCUUAGAAUGACGCCAAAACAUGCACAUGGACAGAGGAAAUGCGUCUUAUUGGAUCUCAGGGGGUUGUAAAGCCUCCAGUUUAUCUUGAAAGCGUGCCUCACAACCGUGGGAAGAUUGUAUUUGUCUAAAGAAAAUAUUGUCCUUUUUUAUUUUAUUGCCACUAAGAUUUUAUCUGAGAUGUUUAUGUGCCAGACUACUUUACUGCUGAAGAGAGACAGUGUGAGAGGACUUCCAAUGUGUUUAAGGGAUAAGCCCUGAGCCAUUGCCCAAGGUUUUGAGAAACUGAAUGGCUGGGUGGUAGAAUUAUCUAGGCGACUCCUACCGAUGCCUAAACAGCUGAACCUUAAGUGCAUGUGACGGCUUCCCAACUUUAAUCAUUGACACUUCCCUCCUAGUAGCUAGCUAGCUACUUCCCUCAUUGUAACCUUAACUGGGACUUUGGGAAAACGGUGCUCAGCAGCCUGGGGUAAAGGACUCUUUGUCCCAGUGUUGUGAGUUUUCGAGCAUGUGUCUCCAAUAAAUAGACUCAAUCCUGCUGAAAUCCAAUAUUUUUGUCAUUGAUGUUAUUUGUUUUUUUGUUUUUACUUGGAGGAAAACUUUUGGCCAAGUUAACUAAUGCCAGAUUAUUCCCCUGUCCAUUCUAUGGUUUACCUUUGGGCAACACGCGUCUGGAGGGGGAGUGGUCUUAGUUGGACCAAACGGUUGUCCGAUUCAGCUUUGCAGACUAAGCCUUUGAGAACAGCUGUGAAUUGGACCAUCAAACACUGGAACCAUUUCUAAAAAAAGAGGGAGAGAGGGGGCUCAAAAUUAUUCUAAAACGUUUUUUUUUUAUGUUUCUACUUAGGAGUCAACAUUUCUGUAAACAUUGUGUUCCCAACUUCAUAUUUUUUGUUGUUGUUAGACAAAAUGCAAACACAAAAGGUGAUCACAACCCUUCCCCAGGAUUUAGUAUUACUAUAACAGAGUUUCUGUCUCAUGCCGCAUUUAGGUUCUAAGUUCCCAGUUGGAAAUUUCACUGGAAUGAUGGAAUUACAAGUUGGAAACUGGAAAUGUUGUUACCUGCGUUUGACUAGUGAGGUUUCACCAAUGAUCUUGUUUCUUUUCAGCCACUAGAUGAAAACAAUAAAUUUUUGAUAAUUACAACCUUACCAACAUGCAUAAUUACACAAGUCAGACAAUUGCCAAUAUUGAGCAAGUCAGAUCUUUAUUAUUGGCAAUGUAAGUUAAUCAUGAUAGUUCACAUUUUAUUGGUUGAAGAAUGUUUCCAACUUCAAAAGCAUUUGAACACUAUUGAAGUUGGAUCGAUCACUUUCCAGUUCUUAUUUCCAACAAGCUUUUGAAGGCAGCCCUAUACAUGGACUUGCCUAUGUAUACCAAACAUGGUCUUUCAAAGCAUCAAACCUAUUGGGCCACAUGAUAGUAGCUACACUGAAACAACUUGCUGGGAGAUAACUGCAGCAUGUAGCUAAAAUGCCUUUUUAGGACCAACAUUUCAUUUUAAGGUUUAUUUUACUAGGUUUUGUAUUAAUCUGUUCAGAAAUUGAAUGUUUGUGUGAAAAAUGUGCCGCUCUUUUAAAUCUUUUUUUUAUAUAUACUGUAUAUAU